AUGGGCGACAAAGCUCCCAAAAAAACCUUCACUCAAAAGAUAAAAGAAAAAUUUGAAGAGAAAAAACCCACCAUAGUAAAGCCAGAAGAAAGUAAAAAAGAAGCGGAAAAACCUAACUCCGCCCCUCCGUGAGUGAACAAAACCAUUGAAAAAAUCCCUAUUUUUUGCCCAAAAAAAUCCAUCCUCGAGACUGAACACAAAAUUUUUUUUAAUAUUAACAUUUUUUAUGAAAAAAUAUUUUGAUAUAAAUGUGACAAUUAUUAUAAUUUAAUGUCGAGCUAAUUUAAAAGCUUCAUUUUUAUAAAUUUGAAUUUUUUUAAAUUUUGAUAUAGCCCGUUCCGGGCUAUGCCCGAUCUUUGCGGGAAACUAAGGGGUUGUCUUCGUCACUUAAUAGCGACUAUUUUGCCAACUCGGGGAGUUGACUUGCCACCUGAAAGUGACGAAGACAACCCCCCGAAUUUCUCGGCUAAGAUCGGGCAUAGCCCGAUCUAUAGCCGGGAAUGGGCUAUAUGUAAUUUUUUUUUAAAAAAAAAAAUUAACCCCCUACCAUUACGAACAAAAAUUCUUUUGUUCGCUCACAGAGGGGAGGGGUAAGGAAAAAGAAGAAGAGCCUAAGGUUCAAGAAGAAGACAACAAGCAAGUCCCCGAGAAAUCUGAAGACCGAGUUCCAGUAAAAGUCAAAAGAGGUGAAUAUCAAAUCCAUAUCUUCCUAGAAGAAGGCCGUGGCUUUGUCCCAGCUAAAGAAGGCGACACUAUAGAUGCUGUUAUCACAAUCACUGCAUUUGGUACUAAAAAAUAUACAACGCCAAAAGAUGACAUCUCAGCUGGUGCCGCAAUUUAUUGGGGUGAACAUUUCUUCUUCAACGCUCCUAAACUUGAGACAAAUGAAGUCGAAACAUCAAAAAUCCUCAUAGAAAUCCGCGAUCACAAGUUUCUUUUAUCUGACAGUUUAAUUGGCAAUUAUGAAAUGGACCUCAUGUAUGUGUAUUCAAGAGCAAACCACGCCCUUGUCCACCAAUGAAUUGCACUGUGCAACCCUGAAUCAGAAGAUUUUCAAACAGUCCGCGGACACUUAAAGCUAGGAAUCUGCGUUCAAGCUGAAGAUGAUGAAGAUGUCGAUUUAACUGUCGCUGAAAAAGAAGAAGCAAAGACCUCAGAAAUCCUGCUGCCUCCACAAAUUCAGCAUAAAUGGUGCCAGUUAAUAGUAAGAGUCAUAAAAGCAGAGGGUUUGCCUAAGCUGGAUGACUGGAAUAAUACAAUAGAUGCAUAUUGCCAAGCUGACUAUGGAGGUGCAAAAAUAAAUACCUCAGUCUUUACUGCAGAUAAAAAUAAAUUUGCAGCCUACUGGUAUGAAGAUUUAUAUGUCCCAGUUUCAAUCCCUUCAGUAUCAAAUAGACUAAUUAUUAGAGUUCUUGAUUAUGACAACACAUCGAAAGAUGAUAUGGUAGGUACUAUUGCAUUUGACUGGGAGGAAAUUGAGGCUGGAAAAUACUCCGAUUAUUUUUGGACUUGCAUUUAUGGAGCUCCAAAAGACCUUGAUAAUGGUCCAGCCAACAAAAUGAAUGAUUAUCCUGAGCUUGCAUCAGCUUAUAGAGGAAGGAUUCUAAUGAAAAUGAUAAUAGAACACCCUAAAAAAGCAUCAUUAAAAAAAGAACGCAUUAUUGAUCCAGAGAUUAAUAAUUUUGUCCACAAAACGUAUGAGGUAGAAACCAAUUAUGAGAUGAGAUCACAGAUUUUUUCAGGAAUUGCCCUACCAAAGGCGUAUUCGAAGUAUUCUAUUAUUGUAAGCUGGUGUGGAAAGGAGGUGGAAAGUAAAAUUGUGCUGGCGGUUAAUGGGAAAUGUAAUUGAUAUGAAACUUUGAAAAGGAAAAUUAUGAAAAUUCCAUUCCAAGCUGAGAGAUCACUGCCAGAUGUGUUUGUGUAUUUGGUGGCUGAUAAUGAAAAAAUAUGCUAUGCAAGGGUUAGCCCAUAUGGUUGGAAUAAUGUAAAUUCAAAUGGUACGUGGAUUGCACUGCUGCCUGAUAAAGCAAUAGGAAAAAUUAAUAAAGAUUGGGAAGGCGGGUUUAUUAUGCUUAGGCUGUAUAUUACGCCUUAUGAUGAAAAUAAUGACAAUUUGUCUGUAGGGAGAUGAAAUGUGCCUCCUAGGCUUAAAAAAAUGCAAAAGGUAAAACUAAUUGUGAAUCUUUACCAAUGUAAAAAUUUACCUGCUGCAGAUUCUGAUGGAAAUUCAGACCCUUAUAUCGAAAUCUAUUGCUGUGGCGUCACAAAGCGAUCCAAAACAAAGCCAAACACUCUUAAUCCUAUGUGAUAUGAAACAAUUCCAAUCGAUUUCGAAAUUUCAUCACUUGAAGAUAACCCUCCAAUCCUAAUUUAUGUCUUUGAUGAAGACGAAUUUUCAGCUGACGAUCUUAUCGGAAUUUGUAUCAUUCCUCUUACUCCCCUCUCUGUGAGCUAACAAAAAAUUCUAUUCGCAAAUGGAGGGGCUAAUUAUUUUUUCUUAUAAAUUUUAUAGUAAAUUUUUUUUAAAAAUUUUAAAAAAAAUCCAAUUCAUAAAAAUUGAGAAAAAAAAAAUAAUUUAAUUUAUGUUUCAAAAUGCAAAUUAAACAGAAUUAAUUAGAAUUUUAUUAUAAUAAUUAUCACUUAACAUCAAAAUAUUUUUUAUAAUAAUUUUUGUUCACUCACGGAGUGUGUAUUUUUACCCAAAAAAAUAGAGUUUGUUUGCUCACGGAGGGGGAGUUAGUGAAGCUUCAAAAAGCCAUUCAAUGCCAAAGGUUCCUAAAUGGAUUCCACUUUCACUUGGAAAAUCUGAUAGUGGAAAAAUUUUGAUUUCGUUUAAUUUAUAUACUGAGCAAGAUAAAGUCCCUGAAUAUUCUAUUGUCCCAAAAUGUAUUGAUGCAGUAGUAGAAAUUAAUUGUUUAGGGUUGAGAGAUUUACAGCCAGCAUUAGGAUGACUUCCAGUCAAUAAAGCUUUUAUUAAGUUCGAUAUGAACUCUUUACAAGUACCAGGAGAAAACUUAGUUAUUAGAAAUGCUCAGACGCCACCAGGAGAUAGCGGUCCUAACCCUAAUAUAAGCACAAUUAUUAAGUUUACUUGCAAAAUGCCUAUAGAAAAAUUAUACGCCCCAUCACUUACCUGCACAGUCUAUGAUUUCUUAUUUAAAGGUUUAUCUCAGCCACAGUUGGGCACUUUUUCUAUUAAUCUUGGCGAAAUUUUCCAUAAACGCAAAAGAAGGCUGAAAAAGCCGAGCCCAGUCGAUAUUGCUCCAAAAAUCCUUAGAGGGGACUCAUCCCUAGACAUGGAGAUCCCUAUUGAUACUGCAUCAGAUGCUGAAUCUGCAUUUAGGCCUUCUACAAUUACAACUAAAACAAGUCGUCCUAGUAUAGAAGAAGCAAAAGCUGGCGCAUUUGUGAUUGAUCCUGUAUACUCAAAAGACAAAAAAGGUAAAGUAACUGAAGUUUCAAGACCAGACAGCAAAUAUAUGCAGCUAGGCUAUGAUAAAGUUCCAGGCGAUAAGACAAUGCAUUAUCGAUAUAUCUUGGAAUCUGAUUUGGAGAAAUCGGAAUAUAUUGAUGCUUCUCCUUUUGAAAAAUUUGAUAUAAAAAGAGGCCAAGAUAAAGGGAUUGAAGAUAAUUGGCUGUCAAUUCUUCACUCAAAUAAAAAUAUAGAUGAUAGAAAUUUACCGAGAAAACCGGUUGGGCAGUUUAAAGGUCUUAUAAGAGUAAUGAAAAAAGACAAAAAUGAGCUAAGGGAAGCAAGAAUGGACUUACAAAAUUCUAGAAAAAAAUAUUUAAAGGAACAAGUAGAAAAAACUGGGAAAAUUGAGAUGGGAGAUGCGUUUGGGAUUUUUGGUGGAGCAUUUCCAACUAAAGAAGAUGAAGAAAAAGAGGAAGAAAAUGAGGGAGAAGAAGAUAUUAUUGAUACUGAGUUUGAAAAUAUUCAAAGAAGUCUGCUGACGAAGACAGAUAUAUUAGUAAGAGUUUAUGUAAUUGAUGCAUUCAAUCUAGCUCAAAAAGAUUUGAAGAGCAAUUCUGAUCCUUACCUAAGAAUAAAACUAGGAAAGCACGUCAUUGAUGACUCUGACCACUAUCAAAAAGACGAGCCCAACCCUAAAUUUUUCUCAUGUUUCGACUUAAAAACAGUUCUCCCCGGUCCUUCCAAAUUGAAAAUCCAAGUCUGGGAUAAAGACCUCAUAAUAAAAGACGACAAAAUCGGAACAACUGAAAUUGACCUCGAAGACCGUUACUUUUCAAGUAAAUGGCAAAGCCUCAAAGAAAAGCCUAUAGAGACCCGCAAUUUAUAUCACCCGUCCACAAAAAUAAUCCAAGGCACAAUUAGGCUUUGGGUCGAGCUUUAUUCUUCAACAGAAGCCCCUCCCAAAAGAGAACUGUUGCCACGACCUCCAGCUGAAUUUGAGGUUCGUUUAAUUAUAUGGGAAACCCGAGGUGUCAAAAGUUACGACACUGAAGGAACCAGUGACCUCUUUGUAAGGGCAUGAAUCAAUAAUUGUGACCCAAAAGAAACCGACACUCAUUAUCGUUGUCAAAAUGGAAAAGGCCAAUUUAACUGAAGACUUAAAUUUCCUUUAUUUUUGCCUAAUGACCAUUGUAUAGCUAAUCUUCAAAUUUGGGAUAGAGACGUUAUAUCAUUUAGUGAUUUUAUUGGAGAUGUAAGUUUUAGCUUCACUGAGCUUGCGAAAUCUGCUUUUGAAACGGAAGGGAGGGUAAAGAAAAUGGGAGUUGACGAUAAAGGAUUUCAUAUUUUCUCUCGAAAAGAAUCAGAUCAAGUAUGGAUUCCAUGCAAAAGAAGGACUGAAUCAGGAGAAUAUGAAAAUGCAGGAGAUAUUAAAGUUACUUUUGAAAUUGUGCCGAAAUAUAAUGCAGAUUCGUGCCCUGUAGGAGAAGGAAGAGGUAAGCCAAAUAUUGAUCCAUACUUGCCACCGCCGACUGGAAGGUUUCAGUGGAGCUUAAACCCAUUUUCACUCAUAAGCCAAACUUGUGGGCCUGAAUUUAGAUGCAAAAUUUGCUGUGCAGUUUGUUGCUUGAUUAUAUGUCUGUUGAUAAUUCUUAUUGGACCAUCAGUUAUCGGCUCAGUUAUUGGGAAAAGUAUUAAUGGAUAA